CUCCCUCAUCACUGAAAUCAGAAAAACCCUGCAAAAGCACACAAACCAGAGAAAAAGGAAUUCUAAGAAAGGUAAAGAAGGAAAUGCAAUCUUUAUCUUCCCUUCGAAGCGCACUUGGUUCUAUUCCUGCUUCAUUUCCUCUUCCUUCUCAUGGAACUUUCAACUCCAUAUCCAGACACACCGCCUCUCCAGGUCUAGUUGGGAGUGAACUAAACUUCUCGAGAAUUACAUUUCAUCCAAGGAUUAAGGUUAAUUGCGUUUCCACCCCUUCAGAGAAAGCUGCCUUCACUCAUGAAAAUUAUGAUAAAAAGUGCCCUUUGGUUAAAAUGUGUGGGAUUACCUCAGCUCGAGAUGCUGUGAUGGCAGCAGAAGCUGGUGCAAAUUUUAUUGGGAUGAUUCUUUGGCCCAGCUCAAAACGGUCCAUUUCACUUUCAGUUGCAAAGGAAAUUUCAAAAGUUGCAAGAGAAUAUAAAGCAGCACCGGUAGGGGUGUUUGUGGAUGAUGAUGCAGACACAAUAUUGAGAGCUGCGGAUGCAGCAGACCUUGAAUUUGUGCAGCUUCAUGGGAAAGGUUCACGGGCAGCUUUUCUAGAUUUAAAGGGAACAAAUCGUAUAGUGUAUGUUCUCCAUGCAAAUGAGAAUGGAAACCUUCUAAAUCAAAUUUCAGAUGAAGAAUGUUCCUUGGUUGAUUGGAUUCUCGUGGAUAGCACAACAGGUGGCAGUGGCAAAGGAUUUAACUGGACGCAUUUUGAAUUACCACCAAUCAAAAGCAAGAAUGGAUGGCUCUUGGCGGGAGGGAUUAAGCCUGGAAACGUUAUUGAAGCUGUUUCUCUCCUCAAACCUCAUGGUGUCGAUGUUAGUAGUGGUAUUUGUGGCUCAGAUGGCAUUAAUAAGGAUCAAUCACGAAUAGUGUCAUUUAUGAAUGCAGUCCAUUGUGUACGCUAUUGAUUGACCACAAGGAAAAAGAAACCAAUCCUGGCUGCGUCACUUGAAACCCGAUUUGCAUUGUGCCAGCCAGUAUUACUAUCAUCUCAUUCUAUGGAGUUAUCUAGUUGAAUAUGGAUGUACCAUGGUUCGGGUCUGAGACGGAAAUCCAUGCUUUUAAACUACGAGGCUGCUCGAAGUGUAUUUUAAUGUAUUGUUCAAGCAUUUCAGAAUGAGAUCUUGAACAUUUAAAAGAGAUGCUACCGAUAUAACAAGCGUACUAAACGUGACACCACAUUCUUAUCAAUCAUGCGGGGAUGGUUGUCGUUCCUUUAACAGUGUAGUUUUUUUAUCCUUCUCAACAUCAGAAAUUCCUUUCCUGA